AUGGUCACUGUUGCUGUUGAAGGUUGCUGUCAUGGCGCCCUCAAUACCAUAUACGAAAGCUUGAAGCCAGAUGUGGAGCUACUACUUAUAUGUGGAGAUUUCCAGGCUAUAAGGAACACAACAGAUUUGCAAACCCUCAACGUUCCUGCCAAGUACAGACAACCAGGUGACUUUCCUGACUAUUAUUCGGGCGUCAAAAAAGCCCCCGUGCUCACGAUCUUUAUUGGCGGCAACCACGAGUGCUCCUCAUACAUGAGAGAGCUUCAGUAUGGAGGGUGGGUGGCUCCCAAUAUCUAUUACUUGGGCGAGUUCGGCAGUGUGUGGUACAAAGGAAUCAAGAUUAGUGGAACCCUGGGGAUUUGGAACGCAAGAAGUUUUUAUACAAAACAGCGCUUGGACUACCUGCUUCCGUACGAUGCCAGUUCUCUAAGACUGGUGUACCAUCUCAAGCCAAAGAACUUGUUGAAGCUUCUCCUAAGUGGUCGUAGCGAUGUGUGCAUGAGUCACGAUUGGCCACAAGGAAUCUGGAAGUUUGGCAACGAAAGAGAGCUACUACAAAAGAAGAAAUUUUUCAAAGAGGAUAUGCAAAGUGGUAAGUUAGGCUCACCAGGAGCACGAGCUGCUUUGGAAAGGCUAGCGCCGAGAUACUGGUUUUCUCUGCAUUUGCACGUAAAGUUUACGGCAACGUUUGAAAAAAACGUGGAAGUAGAGGUGAAGCCCGAAACGACAGAUGAGAUAGCUUUGGACAUGGACGCAGAGAGUGCCGAUAACGACGAAGGCAUUUCGGGCAUUGACGAUAACAUGUCGGAAGAAAAGUGCAAAAGAAGAAAGAUCAUCAAGAAAACGUCGUUUUUGGCGCUCGAUAAGUGUCUCAAGGGACGCUCAUUCAUGGAUACAUUGAAGAUAGAGCCAGACGAGGAGCACCCAUCGGCAAAGUCAGGGAGUUUGCACUACGAUGCUCGUGGAUUGGCAGUCCAGAUGGUUGUCGAACGUUUUAUCAAAAACAAUUCUGAUCAGUGGCGUGCUUUGGACCCCCAAGUCAUCCUCAACCUGGCACUGCUGAGAGUAGCACUUAUCGAAGAGCUCGAGAAGGCUGUUGAGGAAGAGACGACCAGACUAGAGAGAGAGAGUCCCGACCUAGUGGUGCCAAACAACUUCGAAAUUACUGCCCCAACCAUGAACACUACGCCGCUGCCGCCACUUCAGUACUGGCCCAAUCCCCAGACACAGCACCUUUGUCUGAAGUUCAAGCUACUUCUUCCAAGUCAUGAGGCAUGA